CUCCAGCGACGGUGCGGCUGAACCACUGGAAUAAUUUACAAACUCCGUCUAUUCAGCAUCAGAACCGCAAACAAUCUGUUUAUGGGAAUAAAACUACUACGUUCGGAGGAAUAACUACUGACCGACUAUUUAAAGGACACUGAAGGCAAUGAUGGAAAAUGUGACAAAGACCCACUCAUACAUUCCCCAUUAUCUCCUCCAUGAUGACCCUUUUGCUUCAAAACUGUCCAGAGAGGCGGAUAUAGUAGCAGGUUUUUACAUCUGCAUCAUAGGAUUACUCUCUGCAACUGGAAAUGGAUACGUCAUUUAUAUGUCCAUCAAACGUAAAACCAAGUUGAGGCCUCCAGAGCUUAUGACUGUUAAUCUGGCCAUCUUUGAUUUUGGAAUAUCAGUGACAGGAAAGCCCUUUUUUGUAAUAUCUAGCUUUUACCACCGUUGGUUGUUUGGCUGGAAAGGCUGCCAAUUUUACGGCUGGGCAGGCUUCUUCUUUGGUUGUGGGAGCCUCAUCACGAUGACUGUGGUCAGCCUGGACCGAUACCUCAAGAUCUGCCACAUCAGAUAUGGCACAUGGUUAAAGCGCCAUCAUGUCUUCUUUUACCUGGUCUUUGUAUGGAUGUAUGCAGCAUUCUGGGCCACCAUGCCAUUAAUUGGUUGGGGGAACUAUGCCCCGGAGCCUUUUGGGACUUCCUGUACACUGGACUGGUGGUUGGCGCAGGCCUCCGUGUCUGGCCAAAGCUUUGUCUUGACCAUCCUGUUCUUCUGUCUCAUCUUCCCCUCCGGCAUUAUUGUUUUCUCCUAUGUCAUGAUCAUCUGCAAGGUCAAGUCCUCGACAAAGGAGGUGUCACACUUUGACACCCGUAUCAAAAACAGCCACAUUCUCGAAAUGAAACUCACAAAGGUAGCAAUGCUGAUCUGUGCAGGCUUCUUGAUAGCCUGGAUUCCUUAUGCAGUGGUGUCAGUGGUGUCUGCAUUUGGAGAGCCGGACUCUGUUCCAAUACCUGUGUCUGUUGUUCCCACCUUAUUGGCCAAGUCAUCAGCAAUGUACAACCCCAUAAUCUACCAGGUGGUGGACCUGAAAACCCCUUGCUCCAAAUGCUCCUGUUUUAAAUUCCAGAAGAAUCACAGACAUUUUAGAAAGUCAAGAUUCUACACAAUUUCCAACUCAGUAAAUAACAAACAGACGGCCGGAGAUGCUCACAUUGAGAUCCAGAGAUUGGACACUGUGGAUUCUCCAGCAGCCUUAUAAUGCCUCAUGUCCCUAAAAUCUAGAUCUCACUAUGACACAACCCUUUUUUUACCCGAUUACAUUACCUACAUGUCACAGGUGUCAAUCACUUUGUAAUGUGUUUUAGUUUUGUUUUUACACAUUUGGAGAGAAGUCAAGUUUCACAGUUUUGCAUAUAAAUCAUCAAACAGAAUUAUUGAAUUGUGUAAAAUGUGUACUGUGUUUCCCACUAUGAAUGCCAAUAUUAAAGUACAAUUAUGAAGUCAGCUGCUCUUUUCAAAGGUGAAUCAGUUCAAUUGAAGCACAGAAUUUUUACACUUAAUGUAACAAACAUUAUUGAUCUUUUGGCUUUUAUUUUCUUUUUAAACAAAUGUUUUAAUAUUACUUUACACCUGCACUGUUUUGUGCCAGUAUAUACUGUAGGCCUGCUUGUACAGUAAACUGCACAUGCAUCUAAACGCUUUGCCUACAAUUACCAGAGUACUAAAGGUAAUGGUAUAUUGUUUUAUAUUUUACUCUACUUCUGGGGUCAGAAGUACAAAAUAUAUAUAAUUUGUGUGAACUUUUGCACAUGGAAUUGUAUUGUUUUAUUUAAAAAAAUAAUAAUGUUUGGUUUAAUUAAAUAAAUAAACACUAUGAACCAUCCAGAGUAAUUUAUAAAUAAUGUACAAAGACUAAUUUGUCACUAAUGGCAAUCCAUACAAAGGCAAUUUGUAAAGCGUCCUUUAUGGUUCUCUCUUCGACUAAUUUCUUUAGGAGAUCCCUGGGAAAAACAAAUGUUUUUUGUAGAAAUUGAGAUUUAAUCAAACACAUACAUUAGCAACAAUAGGCUCUUUAAAAUGUCAAAUAAUAUCAUGUCAUAAUAUAAUUUUUGUGUUAAUGUUAUUGUAAAGUUUUAUAUUAGAAAUAAAUUGUUUACUCUUCAUGUUUAGUUUGUUUAGUUAAAUCAAACCAAUGCAAGAUUUAUGAAAAUGUAUAUAAAUCUGCUACAUGAAAUAUUAUAUGCACUGCAGUCUCAGUAUUGAGUGAGGUAAAACCUUGGAAAGAAUAUGUUCAGUAAUGAAUGUGGGAAGUUUCAAGUAAUACACUGGUGUAGAAACUGUAUAUUCUUAUAUAUGCUUGUCUUAUGUGAUGCAUCUUCCCAGUGUGACUGUGUAAAAUAAUAAAUUACUGCACUUGGCAUGUCAUAAUGAGACAAUAUUUUAUAUAUUUUGUAUAAAAAUAUACAGUACAGUACAUUGUUCUGUAAAGUCUUUCAAAUGUAAAUAAAGGUGCAGCAAUGCACAUA